AUGACACCUCCACGAAGUGCAAGCAGUGCGUGGAUCGUCACGAUCUCUGCGAACCCGUACGUUUCGACGGUCUGCUGGGCCGAGGAGCCCGGCAUCGACAUCUGCUGGGCGCCGCGGGCCACUCCAGCUGUGCAUGGCACUGGCAGCCCCGAAUCUCUCGAGCAACCUGAGAGCCCGGAUGGCCCACCGGACCGAUCAGGGAACUUCCCAAUUUGGAACAUUUCAACAACCCGGGCCAAGAAGCCCGAACUGAUUUCAGAGCUCGCGACCGUCAUUACCUUCGAUAUCUGCACAAUCCGGACGCACCAAAGAGAAGCGGCUGGACUUGAGGAUGACACGGACGAGGAGGCUGAAGGCCCUAUGGCCUGGCCAAAAUCUGCGUUCAUUGAACACUGGCGUCAAGACAUCCGCACCGCUGCCCCGAUGUCUUACGCAGACACAGGGUGUGCUGCUGGGGCCGGUGAAUCCGGGGGUGGGGCCCUGGGGGGAGUGUAA